AUGGCAGGUCUGGUGAUUGACUGCACGUAUAAGACCAAUCGGUUUUACAUGCCUCUUUUGAACGCCAUUAUCGUGACCGGAUUCUGCCGUUUGCACACGUUUGGCUGCCUGGCGAGGCUGAACCAGAUUUUGAGUGGGCCUUCGUGCCGCUCAAGACCCUAA